CUCGCUAGUGGCAAAUGAAACUCGUUUCGUUUGACAGCUGACUUGUGUUUUUGUGUUGCGUGAACUUUUUGUGGAAUAAAGUUUCUAAAAAAAGUCAAUAAAAAAAAUCAACGUUAAUUUUAAGUGCAAAAGUGAGUAUGGGGAAUGAUUCAAGUGUUUUAUCUGAAUAUCAGGUGGACGAAACACCUUAUGCCCAAAUCGGACCUUGGACAUUGCAUUUGGCGGCUAAAAAGAGUUGUGAUAGCGAAAAAGUUACUGUUUUUACGGGAAAAUUGAAGAGCUAUGGCCAACUUAGUAAAGAAUUCCAGCGUGCCGUAGAGAGGUUAAAAACACUGAGGCAUCCGUCCAUCCUCAAGUACCUGAACUCAUGUGUAGCAGGCGAAACUGUUCACCUCAUAGUUGAACAUGUGACACCCCUGAGUCAAGUUCUGCCACAGCAAACAGAACUUGAGAUUUGCUGUGGGCUUCAAAACGUUCUUGGUGCUCUCGAUUUCAUACAUUCCAAGGCCAGCAUAGUGCACAACAACUUGUGCAAGGAUGCAAUAUUUGUUACCACAGGUGGUAACUGGAAGUUGGGCUAUUUUGACUUAUCGUGCAGUUUUUCCGAGAUCACCCAAGGAUAUCUGGAUCAAAUCCGAUCCUUUCGUUAUGAAAAGGCCAUAGCUCCCGAGGAUGAAGGGAAAACUAAACUUGUAGGCGGCAAUGUGUCAUCUAGAGAUGUCUUCGCCUACGGACAGCUCGUCAAAGAAACCAUCAACAAAUGCGUGGAAUCCGGCGUUACCGAUUCCGACGUUUUCCGCGACCUAGCCACUAAACAGAUGCAAAAUGUCAACCCGCAAUCACGCGGGAGCGCCUCGGUUCUAUCCAGGCACAAGUUUUUCGAUCAGCCUCUCUUGCACGCCCAAGAAUUCCUGGCCGAAAUUUCCAUCAAAUCGUCGGCUGAAAAGGAAGAAUUUUUCAGGGAUUUGCCGACAUUGUUGUACUCUACACCGGAGAGUGUCGUGGGCUCCAAAAUGGCCAGCUCUCUACUUAGUCGUCUGGCAGUGUUAAAUUUAGCCGCUCAGCAACAUCUUCUGCCUCAUCUCCUGAUUCCCAGAACGGAUUCCACCCAGGGAUUGUUCGACGCCCCCAACUACCGUCUCUACAUCGUGCCGGUUAUUUCUCGCAUCUUCCCCGUCAGAGAUGCCCAGAUAAGGCUGGUCCUGCUCCACUAUUUCCCCCACUACGUCACUUUGAUGGACCCGGAUCAUCUCGUCCACAAUAUCCUUCCGGAGUUGCUUUUAGGUAUCAAAGACACGGACGACACUGUAGUGGCGGCCACAUUGAAAGCCUUGGCCUGUCUGGUUCCCAUUCUCGGUGGCUCCACCGUCAUUGGCGGCACGAGACUCAAACUUUUCACCAACGGAAUGCCCAAGGAAAGUGAAAUCCGACCGGCCAAAGUCUUGGAAAUGGUGCGGAAGAAAUCCAGUUCAAAUCCAGCCGUGGUUGCCGUCCGGGCGCUACCCGAACGCCACGAACCCGACGGCGGAGAAGACGGCGUCCAUUCUCUACUGUUGGAAAAGACGGACGCCGACGAGCACUGGUCCGACUGGGAAGCUGAGGAAGACGAGUUCCAAGACAACAAACAACACCCAGAAGAAGAAGUAGAGCUGGAACCGCUUCCGCUCUCCGAUUUUAGCUUAGCAGCUUCCAGCCUUCCGGACAACAAGAAACCGGAACUGCCGAGUAGUCCAGUUAAAGUGGCGACCAAGAGACCGCCGGUGGGCGAUCUGUCUGCCCUGGAAAUUCAAAUCAAGUCCAGGGAAGACGAAAUCGACUACUUUGCCGACAUGGAACCGACCAUCACUUCCACUCCGGCCGUCUUCGCUCCAGUCGCCGAACCUCCUCCUACUGUCGCCGCCAUCGAACCCACCAGCAGACUGGACUUUAACGUCCAGUCUCACGAGGCAAAAGAUGAAGACGACGGCUGGAACUGGGAUGAUUAAAUUACGUGUGGGGAGGGGGGACUGGUGUCACCAUGGCAAAAGGGCAAAACUUUUUCUUUCUUUCUUGUUUUGUUUUCUUAAUUUUUUAAAACAACAAUUCAUCAGCAGACACCCGUUCUAGUCAUUCCGGCAAUCACAAUGACGAGCAUGAUGUAGUGUAUUUUGUAUAAUGCCAAUUUGUAAUAAAAACACACGAGACAAGA